CUAUGUGGCGUUUCACUCGGCUAGCUGCUCGUUUAGGCAGCUCUCCGUGAGCUGUGAAAUUGAGAAAAGGGAGGAUAAACGUGCCUCAAAUCGGGCCAAAACGGCCGGAUUACGAGCUCAAAGCACACCUAUAGACGCAGUGAGAAUCGUACUCCAAGAUGCCUCUGUUAGUUUUCCUUGUGGACACCAGUGCGUCCAUGAAUCAGCGAACUCACCUGGGUACUACGUUGCUGGACAUAGCGAAAGGCGCCGUGGAGAUUUUCAUGAAGCUUCGCGCCCGAGACCAAGCAAGUCGUACCGACCGCUAUAUGCUGGUGAGCUGUGACGAACCGCCAGGAACAAUCAAGUGCGGCUGGAAGGACAAUCAUAUGACCUUCAUGAAUGAGCUGAAGAACCUGCAAGCCACAAGUCUCACUGGCCUGGGUCAGGCUCUCAAGACGACCUUUGACCUGGUCAACAUCAACCGAUUGUACUCGGGUAUCGAUAACUACGGUCAGGGUCGCAAUCCGUUCUACUUAGAGCCGGCAAUGAUAAUUGCAAUAACUGACGGACACAGGCUAACAAACAAUAGCAGUGUACAAGAUGAGCUGUCGCUACCAAUGAGCAUGGCCAUCCCCGGCAGCGAGCUGACCAAGGAGCCCUUUCGCUGGGACCAGCGCCUCUUCUCCCUGGUGCUCCGCAUCCCGGGUGUGGCCCCUGUGGACAACGACCGCAGCGGGUCCAUGGUCAGCAUGGACGGCUCGCCGAUCAAUGCCAUGUGCGAAGUGACGGGAGGUCGCUCUUAUGCUGUCACUUCUAUGAAGACUCUAAACCAGUGCCUGGAGUCCCUGGUGCAGAAGGUACAGAACGGCGUUGUGGUCAACUUCGAAAAGGUUGGGUCUGAUCCCGUCCUGCAAUCAAACGAUGUCAAACUACACCUGUCGGGUCGGAGGUCACCGAUGCCCCAGGAAGGGGAGGGACCAGUCAAUGGUCUCAUCCCCGGCAAUGGAUCCGCAGACAAUAAGUUGUCUGACUCCGAAUCAAAUGAAGGCAAAUCCCAGGCUGGCUCACUGUCUUCGUCUAGUCUGACUGUCCCGAACGUCAACAACAACGCCCGCGUCAACACCGCCUCCCCAGUGCCCGACAGCUCAUGGCACAGCUGCCGCAAGCUGAUCUAUGUCCGCCCCAACCCCAAGACAGGGCUGCCCCUGGGCCACUGGCCCAUCCCUGAGUCGUUCUGGCCAGAUGUCAACGCCCCCACCCUACAACCGCGGGAUGCCCAACCCGCGGUGAAAUUCAUGUGCACGAACUGUGAGCCGAUGCUGCUAGACAAUCUUCCCUUUGACAAGUACGAGCUGGAGCCCUCACCUUUGACCCAGUACAUUCUGGAGAGGCGGAACCCCAACGUUUGCUGGCAGGUAUUUGUCUCCAACAGCGGCAGGAACUCAGAGCUGGGCCACCCCUUUGGCUACCUGAAGGCCAGCUCCAACCUGACCUCGGUCAACCUCUUCAUCAUGCCCUACAACUACCCGGUGCUGCUGCCUCUGCUGGACGACCUCUUCAAGGUGCACCGGCUCAAGCCCACGCUGGGCUGGCGGCAGGCCUUUGAGGCCUACCUCCGGGAGGUGCCCAGCUACUACGCAGGGCCCCUGAAGAUAGCCCUGCGGCGGAUGGGCGCCCCCAACGUCAUCCCCGAUGGCAUGGAGAACUGCCUGAGUUACACGGUGGUCACCUACCUCAAGCGGCUCAAGCAGCAGUCCAAAGUGGAGGCCGACCGGAUGGCAGCCACGAUCGCCAAGAAGCAGAAGCUGAGCGACACGGGUGUCAAGGUCACCCCAAGAUCGCAGAUGCCCUCGCUGGCCGCCCGCAAGGACUUCCAGCAGCUCCUGCAGGCCAUCACGGGCGAGACAGUCAGCGUGCGGCCUGACAGCAACAUCGCCGAGUUCCCGGGCUACACGCUACGCGUCAAGGACCGCAGCGUGCGGCCGCGCACCUACCGCAACCCCUUCGACAUCCCCCGCAAGGAGCUGCUGGACCAGCUGGUGCGGAUGCGCACCAACUUCCUGCAGCUAGCCCUGGCCAAGUCGGCCAGGUUCAUGAACGAGGACACCGUGCACAGCAUUCCCAUGGCCGAGAUGGGCAACUACCAGGAGUACCUGAAGCGAAUGCCCAGUCCCCUCAGGGAGGCUGACCCCGCCCCUGCCCGGCUCCACACUUUUGGCAACCCCUUCAAGUUGGCUUCAGACAAGGACAAGCAAAAGUUCAUGGUGGAUGAGGCAGACGUGAACGAAGCCAUGACGGGGCCGGGGCAGCAGCAGCAGCGUCGGCGGCUCAGCAGCGACUCGCCGCCAGGCUCGCCGGCCGCCAAGCGGGCCAGGAGCCCCGCCGCCACACCCCCCAGCCGGAGGCCCACCUCCCCCGGUGUCCAAGGGGGUAUCAUCCUCAAGAAACCCCUGGCGCAGCUGGUCCAGUCCAAACAGAAGGUGGCGUCAAAUGCCGCACCGUCAGGAUCUACAACACCAGCAGGAGAGCCAAAACCACCAUCAGAGCCUUCUCAAGAGAAUUCUGCCUCCCCCUCUCCGAAUGUUCCCACGGAAACCACGAAUCAGAACAAUGCCUUAGAAGUUGAGUUUGAGCAGCCCCCCAGGCCGAGGCCGGGGCCGGAACUGACCAAUCACGUGGAGGCAGAGCGAACCGCCCAGCCCGUUGCGAGGGAGCUUCCGGCCGGCAGAACGGGGAAGGCAAUUGGUCAGCGUGACCCGCUGGUCGACGGCAGGACGGCGAAAAGGGUGAACAACGACGAAAGCGUUGCAGAGGUUAAUGCCAAGUUAAAGCAGCUGAUUGUGAAGGAAGUCAGGAAACCUGGGAAAGAUUUCUCUCGGCUGUUCGUUCACCUGAACGCCAUUCAGGGCGACCUGGACACCAAGUACCUCUUCGUCAACAGCAUCAUCCGCGAGGCCGGUCGCUUCAAGCGGCGGCGGCUUAUCGAAAUGCUGGAGACCUUCCAGCAGUCGGUGGUGCGGUACGAGACGAACCACGGCGGGGGCGUUGCCUCUGGAGGAGGGGCGGCGACAGCUAACAUCUCGGCCCCGCCCAAGAAGAAGAACAGAAAUCACUUGGUGGCGCCGAGGUAGCACAGAAUGGUCCACGGGGUGGUUGGGAGUACUUUCGCUCACGUGUCAUGAAUGUAUGACCUUGAACUUUGACCCGUUGACCUGAGGUACUGAAAUGCUGCAGGAACUGGACAAGCUGGACUUGUGUGUUGGCCGGGGGAGGGGGCAGUGGCGAGGCGAGACAGCAAGCGUUGCCAUCUCGUUAUUUCUCUUUGCCGUGAAUGAAACCAAACUGUGAUUUUUAAACCGUACGCUAGCAGAUUUCAUUGUCGAAUGAUAUCCAUAAGCCACAUAGGUUGUUGAAUUGGACAUUGCCCAGUGCGAUAACAAAAAAGGGUAUUUGAGUUUACCGAACAAAACUGUCAGAGACAAGUUUACACGCCCCCAUGUCAAAUGCACUCCACACGCUAAACUGGCUCUGUCGGGACGAUUGAUAAAAAGAACCUCUCCAUUGGAUCAUCUUUGGAAACGAGAACGAGAUGCUGUGUGUUGGAAUUGGAAGAUUCUACCUCUUGGACGAGUGAGAGUAUGACCAUUGGCAGAAGAGAAAAUGAUUGCUCGUUCACCAGUAGUAUUCCAUUGUACGUGUAUUUUCUGGGUUUUUUACACUUGCAUUUUCUGUAUAGGCGACACCUGGCCGUCCACGAAACGUCACGCAACUGUAUUUGUGAUUUUACUCCGUCACUUCGACUGCAACUCGAAUGUUCAACCUGCAGACACAGCACAGUGCAUUUGGUUUCAAGUGUCAGUAAUCACAUGGCUGACCUCAGCCGCUUACCAGACCUUGGCCACCUCUGUGGCCGCAGGUUUAAUAGCCCUGGCUUCCGACCACAGAGUUGAACCCAGGAACACUUCACAUAAGCGGACCGUGGCUAGGAUCAUACAAUAUCGGCUUGACCUUCACCCAUUGAAGUCAGGUGGCUAGCGGCUGUUUUAGUGUUUCCUCAUUGGCACUUGUGUGCAAUGCCAGCCUAAGACCUUUUCAGAUGCAGUCCGGAGAUGCUGGUUGAAAAAGUUGCAUUAGCAGACCCACUCUCCUCAAAAACCAAAGGGUGAUAAACAAGCAAAGGGAUCAAUCUUACACGAGAUUUCAUCACAUAUCAUGCAGACUGAAAGCAUAUCGAAGACAGUAAGGUAGUUGAUUCACACAGCGGUGUCGUAUUCCUUUCCGUGCUUAAAGUUGUCAGAGGUGUAUCUAGGACUAAAUGUCCGCGAGGGGGGCACCCGGGGUGCACACAUUUUUUCAACGGAGCACAACAUGAAAAUAAGAUGCAGUUGCAUAGCUAUAUAAUCUCUACAGAGAUAAUUUACAGGGGAUGGCACCUUGGGGCACAGGCAUCACGUAACCAAUCUCUGAGCCCAGCAACUUCUCGGAAAUGGUCCGGGUGCUUACUGAAGAGUUGUUGGCUCGAAAACAAAGAACCUGCUUUGAUGGGGAACGCUGAUGUUGUACACCGUUUUAAAUUUGAAAAUAAAUUGUCGUUCAUUCAAGGCGAACUUUUCAAAAGUUUGGUUUGAUUUGCAUAUGAAAACUUUGAAAUUGAGAUAUAUCUGAUGAAUCCAUGUCCGUAAGUUUGACACUUUCAAGGGGGCACUUAUCUGAUUUAUGCAUAUAUUCAAAUUGAUGUUUCAUACACAAGCAAGGUUGAACCAAUCAGCGAUCGUUGCUGUAGUCUGUGCGCACAACCUUUGACCAAUAGGAGUCCACACAAUCACCCACAGCUUUUGUGCACAGUACCGGCCACGAGUGGCCGGUCACUUUGCAGCUGUACUCAUUGUAUACUCUGUCUCGGUGGUGAGCGUGCAUGCACAAACAUUGGUCAAGUGGUAAUGCACGCACAGUACACCUAGCCACUGUCUCUCAUUGGCCAACUUUGUUGCUGCUUGCAAACCAUCACCACAGUCUUCGUGCACAUAUUACACCACUUGUAGCAAAAUGGAAUAAAGGAGGUCCCGUGAAGUUCUGUUGAAACACAGGGCCUUGUGCCUUGGCAGCAGAAACACCCAAACCAAAAAAAAAGCCAAGAAAAGAGGCCUUUAACUCGUCUCUUUUGUAUUUAGAAUUUCCCGAGUUUAUGCCACAUGGCACAAGACACAAUAAAGGGGCCCAGUGACUGAACUGUCACAUUAGCAGUGUUUCCCUGAUGUUCUUGCCAUUUUUGCCAUGCCUUGUUAGGGCACUCCACAACCUUUUCUUCAUUUUAUCAGCGCAGAGGCCAGAACUGGAUUGAGACCACAAGGAUAUCGGUUUUGAAUUAAAAAUCAAUGUCCACUUUCCUGUCAAAACUGACAGGCAAAUUUUGUCCGUCCAUUUUACACUCCAAAGAAUGUUGAGAGACUUCGAAGGCAUGCGCGUCCCCACGGACAUCUGUGUAAAUCUAACGCAGACCCCCAAAAAUCGUGUGACUGAAAAACCUCUCUUAAAUGUCUUUGGGUGAUUGAACACUUGCAGAAAUUCAUACUCAAAGGGGAUACACUGCCAACUUGACUGGCCCCCUUUACUCUGAUGUGUCCUGCAAGGCCCAAUGUGCAAAUUUAUACGCAAAGCGAAAUGGGUGGAAACCAGUCAUAAUAAACAUCACAUGGAAGUUUUGCUUGGUGACCAUUUUUGGCUCAGCAAGCUGUAAUAUCAUCUUAAGUUACUCUUACCUCAUUGGGUCCCUUGGUCAUCCCAGUGCAGAGAGAAACGUUGCACAUCAGCCUCGUUGGUAUUGGACAUUCUUGCAUAAAAACCAAUCGGGUCAGAGUUAUCGUUACACAGGAAACUGUUUAUCUCAAGGUUUCACAAUUGUAGAUGGUUAAUUCACGAGCCAACACUUCCUGAAAAAUCCAAAAAUCUAUCAUUUCCAAUCUAACUGUGAUUUAUCUUUCACUUUGAUGAGAGGGAGUGUCUUCCUUUGUGGAAAGUAUUGACACCAAAAUCUAAAUGUAUUUAAACAAAAUCCUUUGGCUGGUUUUGAAAAUGCUAUAUAUUUUUGAUAAAUUUUGAGUGUAAAGUCAACAGCCAAAGAUAUGUGCCCUUUUAUGUGUUUUGUGAAUUAGCCAUCUAGAACAUGUAGAUAUGUUUGAUAUUGUAAGAAAUGUCAAGCCUUUGUUUGGUGGUAAUGUGCAAUUCUGUACAUAUUUACAGUAUCACGAUUUAUUUGGGCACUUUUUGGCCAUUGAGCCCAAAGUUUUUGCAAAGAAAUCCAUGAAAAUGAGAAUAAAAAUUUAAGAGUUGACACAGA